GUCGGACUCAGCUAUUCAGGUUUUGUCGCACUUUUCUAGCCGUAUAGGGAGAUACUCUCGACAUGUCUGCAAUCGCAGACGAGAUACCCAAGGCUCGGACAUGUUCAUGUUCCGCAAAAGCGCAGACGAUGUCCGUCUAGGGAACCAAGAGUGUGCGGACUUUUCACCAAUAUAUAAAGCUCGCUCUGCGCAAGUGCUACAGUCAACAUUUUCAGAAAUAUCUUCAUUACCAGCAGAAUUGACAUCAACACUUCUCAACACUCUUGAAUCCAGUCCGAAUACUUCUGAAAGCGAAAAUGUCUCUUCCUAUACCAGCUGCGCUACAACGUAUCCUUGCUUCCGCGAAAGUUGACUAUGUUCAACUCGGCUCAUCUGGACUCAAGGUUUCCUUUCCAAUCCUCGGUACUAUGGGUAUUGGUAGCAAGGCAUGGAUGGCCUGGGCCAUGGAGGAAGACGAGGGUUUAGAGCUAUUGAAAGCUGCUUGGGAAAGAGGUCUAACGACAUGGGAUACUGCCAACGUUUAUUCAAAUGGUGUAAAUGAGGAGGUCGUCGGAAAGGCUAUCAAGAAGUUCGGGAUACCAAGACAAAAACUGACUAUCUUGGUCAAAGUCAUGGGUAUUGUUCCUGAGGAAGCAGGUAUCUUCAAUUGGCCAUUCGAGGCCCAAUUGCAGAAGAGCAAGGACUACGUCAACCAAGGAGGCCUUUCACGUGGAGCGAUCUUCAAAGCCGUGGAUGCAUCUCUCAAGCGAUUCGGUACAGAUUACAUCGAUCUUCUCCAGAUUCAUCGAUACGAUCCCACUGUCUUUCCCGAAGAGACGAUGAAGGCUUUGCACGACCUUGUCCAGGCAGGCAAAGUGCACUACAUCGGGGCCAGCUCUAUGUGGACAUACCAGUUUGCGCGCAUGCAGUUCAUUGCCGAGAAGAAUGGUUGGACCAAAUUCGUUAGUAUGCAGAAUACUUACAGUCUCUGUUACCGAGAAGAGGAGAGGGAAAUGAAUAAGUUUUGCAAGGAGACUGGUGUUGGCAUCAUCAAUUGGGGCGCUCUCUAUUCGGGCUUGUUGGCCAAGCCCUGGGGAGUCGAGACCCAAAGGUCGAAGGCAAGUGUGGCCAUGAGCGGCGGCGUUACAGCUGCAGACGAAGCCAUCAUCAAACGAUGCCAGGAGGUGGCCGAAAAAAAGGAUUGCAAAAUGGUACAAGUCGCGCUUGCGUGGUUAAGAGCCAAGGGCUGUAUUCCUAUCGUCGGACUUAAUAGUACGAGUCUGGAGAGACUCGACGAAGCCUGUGAAGUGCGAGAUGUGCAUUUGACUUCUGAGGAGGUCGAGUACUUGGAUGCGCCUUAUGUUCCCAAGGCUGUUUCUGGACAUUUAUAA